GCGCCAUCUUUCGGAAUCACGCGUAAUUAACGGAAAUUAAAAAUAAGACGACGGGCUUUAAAACGCAGUGCGUAAUAUUGUCGUUCGAUCCUGCACUUAAACAAUGGACAUUACGGUAGAGGAAUGACCUACGAUAAUUUUAUUUAAUUCACGUGUAAUUACGCAAGAAGCCGAGAGGCGUCUCCAUCUCGCACGUGACAUCAUUGUUUGUAUUCGGUAACCAAGGCAACGAUUCCGUCCAUUUUGUAUUCGGGUUCACGUCCGGAGAUUCGUCGAAGAUGGCCAACGAAUUGGGUUUGAACGAGCAACACCAGAAUUUGGUGUUGAAUUAUCUUCGUUUUGCCAAAUUUCAACGCACGCAACGCAUUCGUUCGGUCGAGAAGUGCUUCGAAGACGUCGAAAGUCUAAGGUUAUUGGAAGACACUUAUACAGCAGAUGAGGUGAAGUCACUGGUGGACGAACUCUGCAGCCUGGUCAGGGGAGAGGUGGAGACCGAACUGAUUAAUUCGGCGCAUGUGACUGCAUUACUGUUGAGGCAGCUGUGCACGCAGGUGGAACGGUGGCACCUCCGUCUUCAUGGAGACAUCUCCGAACUGGAAAACAGAGAGUUGAUUGAACAAAUCAGCAAAUUUGAAGAACGGGAACUGAAGAACAUUGACAAAAGUUCAAAGUCUCCUACCAAGGCUGUCAAGUUGGAGCCCAUCCUGGAGGGUCAGGGACAGGUCAAACUUCUUCAGGCUGAGAUAAAUCGCCUAAAAGCCGAAAACGAAGCUCUGAAGGAGAGACUGAAGAGAGUAGAACAACAGACUUUCAAUAUAAUCGAGGAGAAGAAUAAAUUAUCCAAAACCCAAACUGAAAUGGAAGAAGAGUUAAAAGAUCUCAAAGGAAAAGCGAGCGAGAAAGAAAACGUAACUCUAAUUCUGGAUCAGGUAUCAAAAGAAAAGUCUGAAAUUGAAGAGACGUUAGUGAGUAACACAGCAUUGCAGAAGCAGCUGGAAGAAGAUCUACUCUCCACCAAGAACCGCCUGACAGAAGUGCAGUGUCAUCUGGAGUUGGCCGAAAAGGAGCUAGAGAGGAAAUUUUGUGAAACGGCAGCUUACGCCAAUCUUAAGAAGAUGCUCACCGCCAAGAAUGACCAGAUCAAACAGUUGCGGAAGUCUCUGGCAAAGUAUGAAUCUUCCGACGAGUGAGGGUACUCCGGGAAGUUUUACUAAGAAUAAAAAAAAAAAAAACAGGUAGCA